AUGGACGGAUCGCAGUCGCCGACUAAGCCAAAGCGCUCUCGCGCCGAAAUGGAGGCCGAAAGCAGCAUAUCUACAAAGGAAUCUGCAGCGCAGGCUCACGAAGAUGAUACAUCUUCCGACGACGACGAUUUUGGGCCCGCCCUUCCUUCCUCUGCGCCGAAAAAGAAGAAACGCAAACUGCCGUAUGAAAAGCUCUACGUUGCUGCGCUGCCUGGCGCAACCCGCUACUCCAAAUCACUCAUGCACCGCGAACAACUGUGCUUCACCACAUUUACUCCCCACACCGACUUUCUCAUCACCAGCUCCAUCGACGGCGUUGUUAAAUUUUGGAAAAAGGUCUUUGGAGGCAUCGAGUUUGUUAAAGAGUUUCGCGCCCAUAGCGGUGAGAUCAAGUCUGUCAACGUGAGCGCAGACGGCCGCAGCUUUGCGACUGCUGGCGCAGACAAGACUAUCAAGAUCUUUGACGUCGUCACAUUCGACCUGCUGGCUAUGUUGACCUUGGAUUAUACCCCUCUGGCUGUUUGCUGGCUGCAUGGCCGAGGCGCAAGCUUCCCCCAACUAGCUGUCAGCUCGGAAGAGAACAGCUGGAUCCGUAUAUACGAUGGCAGGGGGGAGAAUCCGGAGCCGCUGCAUGUCUUGAAAAGUGUGCAUAGAGCGCCCGUAAGUCUCAUGGCGUACAACAACGACUACGACUGCGUGGUGAGCGUGGACCAAGGCGGCAUGGUGGAGUAUUGGAGACCAAAUGGAAACUAUGAGAAACCAGACAAUGUGUGGUCUUUGAAGAGCUCGACAAGUCUGUUUGAGUUCAAAAAGUCCAAAUGCGUCCCUUCUUCGCUCACCAUUUCGCCCACUGGCAAGCAAUUUGCUACGUUUUCGUUCCCUGACCGCAAGGUCCGUGUGUUUGACUUUGCGUCGGGAAAGCUGCACCGAACUUAUGACGAAUCCAUUGAAACCAUGACGAGCAUGCAACAGGCUGGAACUGCGGUCCAGCAUCUGGAAGACAUGGAGUUUGGGCGAAGAAUAGGCAUAGAGAGAGAACUUGAUCAGCCGUGGUUGCGAAGCCGGAUGAAUGUCAUUUUCGACGAGACAAGCAAUUUCAUUCUCUAUGGCAGCAUGUACGGCGUAAAAGUCAUCAACACGGUGACCAACAAGCUUGUCAAGCUCUACGGUCAAGAAGAGUCGAUCCGCCCGCUAUGGCUAUGUCUUUACCAAGGCCAACCGGAGAAGAAAGGAGUCGUUACAGUCGAAAUGGCAGCAAGUGAGAACCCGCUGCUCCAAGAAGCCGAAGCCCGAGAUGCCAUGCUGGUAUCUACGGGAUCCGGCAAAGUCCGCUUCUACAUGUAUACCAACGACUCGACCGUCUCCAAGUCCGUCCGCGACGUGCAAAACGAAAAGCCGCGCACGGCAAACGCGAACAAGAAGAACGACGAAAAAGCUCUGGCUGCAACCGGCACAACAGCUACCUUGCACACAACGUAUGGCGACAUCACGAUCCGCCUCUUCCCCGAUGCGGCCCCCAAAGCCGUGGAGAACUUUGUCACUCACGCUCGCAACGGCUACUACAACAAUGUCAUUUUCCACCGUGUCAUCCGCAAAUUCAUGAUCCAAACGGGCGAUCCCCUGGGCGACGGCACGGGCGGCGAAAGCAUCUGGGGCAAGGAAUUCGCAGACGAGUUUUCCAACCUCAAGCACGACAAGCCGUACACGGUUAGCAUGGCGAAUGCGGGUCCCAAUUCAAAUGGAAGUCAAUUCUUCAUUACUACGGAGAAGACGCCGUGGCUCGAUAACAAGCAUACGAUUUUCGGCCGCGCAAUCGCAGGCAUGGAUGUUGUGCAUAAGAUUGAGAAUACCAAAGUGUACAAGGAGAAGCCCGAGGAGGAUAUCAAGAUUAUCAAUAUUUCGGUUUCCUGA